CCUGAAUCAUCAACACCGACUGAACCUUCUUCAUCCCUCCCAACUACAGCACCUACUGAAUCAACAAUACCGACUGAACCUUCUUCAUUGCCAAUAACUACACCUACUGAAUCAUCAACAUCUACUGAGAUUCCUAUCUCGACACAAACCAAUUCCUACGAAUGUCCCGCACAAAACGGUAAUGAACCUAUUCGAUUUCCACACCCAAGAAACUGCUCAUUAUAUUACGAGUGUCUCGAUGGAGAAAAAAUCUUGAAAUCCUGCGAGAUUGGAUUGGAAUUCAAUCCAGACUUGUUGCAGUGUGACUGGCCCGAUGAAAAGAAGUGCGUUUCAAAACUUAGAUGUCCUGCGACAGGCGUGAAGCAAUUUCCCCAUGAAACGAACUGCGCUCUAUACUACCUAUGCAACAAUGGGACGGAAUCAUUAAAGGAGUGUCAACCAGGACUCGCUUUCGAUCCAAUUUUUCAUAUCUGUGUUUGGUCGGAGGAGCUAGAUUGCAACAUGUUUGCAAGGACGUUGAGAUCUGAAUUUCUAGAGAGUCAUGAGGAUUUCGAUGGUUUACCGGAAUCAGAUAACUUUGAAGCCUAUUAUUACCAGCGUGAAAAAUCAGAUGAUGACACUCUUGGAUGCCUCGGCAAGUGCCCAGAAAUAGAUUCAGAUGAUGCCUUCCAACUCUCCCACAAGGAAUGCACGAAAUUCUGCAAAUGCAGAUUCGGAAAACCAAUGGUCUUCAAAUGCUUGCAUCAUCGACACUACAAUCCCGAGAAACUAAUCUGCGAUUACCCUUCUCAAGCAGGCUGCAAGCGUCAAUGGAGAAACAUGCGGGCAUGA